CCGACAGAUCCCGGUAGGUUCCUCUCUGCUGUCGCGGGGACGCGCUCGAGAGCGGCUGGCAGCUUCGUGAACGCGCGCCGUCCUUUUGCAUGGAUGGGAUCAGCAAGAGGGACGCGAAUGAAAGGUCGGUGUAAGGUUUCCUUCCUCUGUCCUCGUCCCUACAAGCCUCACAGAUAGACACACCGCUCCUCCUGACACUCUGAGGACUCUGAGGUCUCCCUUCCCCUCGUCAUCCCUGGAGUUCUGCUGCUUUUUCCUCUUCUUCUUCUCUGUUUUUAUCCAACCUGAGAGCAACCAUGGGGGCCACAGGAUACGGCUACUAUCGCACAGCGAUCUUCCUGUGCAUGUUCAUCGGCUACUCGCUGUACUUCUUCAACAGGAAGACCUUCUCCUUCGUCAUGCCGUCUGUGAUGGAGGAGAUCCACCUGGACAAAGAUGACUUAGGUCUGAUCACCAGCAGCCAGACUAUGGCUUACGCCAUCAGUAAGUUUAUCAGCGGGGUUCUGUCGGAUCAGAUCAGCGCCCGCUGGCUCUUCUCCAUCGGCCUGUUCGUGGUGGGGGGCAUCAACGUGGCGUUCUCCUGGUCCUCCACGGUCCCCAUGUUCUCCCUGCUCUGGUUCAUCAACGGCCUGGGACAGGGUUGUGGCUGGCCGCCGUGUGGGAAAGUGCUGCGCAAGUGGUUUGAGCCGUCCCAGUUUGGAACAUGGUGGUCUGUGCUGUCCUGCAGCAUGAACCUGGCUGGGAGUCUGGGGCCCAUCCUGGUGACGGUGCUGCUGCAGUACUACGACUGGAGGACCAUCCUCACCAUGUCCGGCAUCUUCUGCGCUUCCUUCUCAUUCGUUUGUGUGGUGUUUGUGAAGAACGAGCCCAAGGAUGUGGGCCUGCCCAGCAUCGAGCCGGCAGCCAAGAAAGGAGCUAAGGGAGAGAGAGGAGGUGGCAGCAGUGGGAGCACCCUGAGUGAGUUCCUGCUCUCCCCCUUCCUGUGGGUGCUGUCUCUGGGCUACUUGGUGGUGUUCGGGGUGAAGACGGCUGCCACCGACUGGGGACAGCUGUUCCUCAUGCAGGAGAAAGGCCAGACUGUUCUCAUGGGCAGUACCUACAUGAGUGCCUUGGAGGUGGGAGGUUUCGUGGGCAGCCUCGCAUCAGGCUUCAUCUCUGACAGAGCCGUAGCUCGGCAAGGCUUGGGCACCCACGGGAACCCUCGCCAUGGCCUGCUCAUUGUCAUGAUGGCCGGUAUGUACGUGUCCAUGUACCUCUUCAGAGUCACCAUCACACCCGAAAUCCCAGAGGAGGCUCCUCUUUGGGUCCAAGUCAUUCAUCCUGUCUCUGUCCUUAUUGGUGUAUCAGAAAAGGAGAUCUGGAUCCUGUUCCUCGGUGCUAUGUUUGGAUUUUCUUCUUACGGACCAAUUGCCUUGUUUGGGGUGAUAGCCAGUGAAAGUGCUCCUUCAAAUUUCUGUGGAACCUCUCAUGCUGUUGUAGCUCUGAUGGCAAACGUGGGGGCUUUUAUGGCGGGUCUUCCCUUCAGCACUAUUGCCAAACAGCACAGCUGGGACAUGGCGUUCUGGGUAGCUGAGGUGGUAAUGGGCAUCACCACCGUUGCAUUCUUCCUGGUACGCAACAUGCGCACCAAAAUGGGACGGAUCGCAGAGAAAAUGGACUAAUGCAUCUUCUCGACAUGAGCCAACUGAUCUCCUGGCUCCUUAUACAGAAUACUGCACACUAGUGCAACGCCAAUAUGACCAAACAUUACCACUGUCACAAAUCUUUUUUUGACUAAUCAGAUUAAUAUAGAUGCUCAGGGUGAGUCAUGAUUCAUGAACACGUUUGAUUCACAAUCGGGAACUUUUCUCACGCACACUUAAGAUUUUUCCUUAUAUUCAACCACACAAACAUGAAUAAUUGUUUAUUGCACGCUUACAUUUGAAUGCUUCCAUUUAAAGGGAUAGUGUGGAUUUAUUGAAGUGGCGUUCUACGAGAUGCUUAUCCAUAGUCGGUGUAUUAUCUCCAGUAGCUGGAGGUCAGUUUGGAGAAACAGGUCGUAGGACAAGUACAGAAGCAAAGCAAUGUAUUGCUGUGAAUGGGGGCAGCAGCAAAAUGUAUUUUAGCCACCUAAAAAAAUCGAUAUCAGUUUAAGCGUAUGCUAUAUUCUGAAUCAUUUUACCACUUUACAUUGCCCUCAGAAAGCCCUGCACACAUUUACACAGGGGGAAGUGAAACUGUUAUCUAUAAACUUGUUAAAGCCACUAGACUCUAUUGACUCUAUUACUAAAAAUAGUAAUUUCUACAUAGCAGUAAACAUGAGUUUCUGGUUUAGGACAGCCUUGGUUGUUUUUGUGUGUCCUUUAAAACACCAAAAUCAAACAGUAACACAAAUAAACUAACAGAUUGUGGAAGCGGUUGACUAGCAACUCCAGUGUUCUGCAAGUUAAAAUGAAUGGAGUCUGGUGGACUUGACAAGAGAAUAAAUAACUGUGUCCGUUUCCUCUCUGUGAUCUUAAACGAGGCUGGCUAACAGCAAGGUAAAGCAGUGAAAAUAUUCUAAAUAAAUAUACUCUUGUCUGCUUCUGCAAACUGGGGACGUUAUGACCCCCCUCCACUGUAUGUAUGUAAUACACUGACUCUGGAUUAUUAUACAACCCCACUUCAAUAAGUCCAAACUAUUCCUUUAACCCUAAGGUCUUUUUAUGUAGAUACAUUUAUGACAGCUAUAUACAGGUACAUCUCAACAAAUCAGAAUAUUGUG